CAAUCACUUUCAUUUCAGCUUACUUCGUGUAUUGAGCAUUGCCUUCAAAUUAUCCAGACCCUGAUUUGGGAUGCACCAUGAGAAUCAACCCCUUAAUUUGGAUCCAACCACCUCAGUUUCGCGUCAGCCACCCUUAUAUGUAGGUUUCGUUUGUUUGUUGUUUCUUCCGUCGGUCAAUGCCAGUGGGUUUAUGGACGGCGUUUACAGUCAGAUAUCAAGAAUUAAACCCUUAACCGUAUCGAUGACAUCUUUAUUAAAUCCACAACUACAGCAACAUGAAGACGAUAUAUUUACUCUUUAUGAUUUUCGGUGUGUUUGGUGAUGAAGUGAAGUCAGUGUCAGUGAUAGAGGGAGAUUCUCUUACUCUAUACACUCAUCUUACUGACACACAGGCAGAUGAUGUGACAGUAACAUGGACAUUUGGGCCUCAAAAAACUUAUAUAGCUCAAAUCAAUAGAGAAGCCAAAGAAACAUACAUAUAUGCUGAUGUUCUUGGUGGGAGAUUCAGAGACAGACUGCAGUUAAAUAAUCAGACUGGAGAUCUCACCAUCACAAACUUCACAACUAAAGACUCAGGACUUUAUGAAGUUGAGAUCACUGUCAGAAGUAAGAUUAUACAUAAGAGUUUCAAGGUUACAGGUGUGGUUGGUGCAGGUGGAGUGAAGUCAGUGUCAGUAAAGGAUGGAGAUUCUGUCACUUUACACACUGAUGAUCCUGAUAUCAAGAAAUAUGAUGUGAUACUGUGGAGGUUUCAACAUGGAAACUCUCCUCUAGCUGAACUCAACAGAAACACUGCUAUCUUCUCUACAUAUGAUGAUGUUCUUAAUGGGAUAUUCAAAGGCAGACUGCAGCUGGAUGUUCAGACUGGAUCUCUUGACAUCAGAAACAUCAGAACCAAACACUCUGGAUUUUAUGAAGUAGACAUCACCAGCACCAGCAGCAAUUAUACCAUACAUCAGUCAUUCACAGUUACUGUCAGUGGUGAAGUGAAGUCAGUAUCGGUGAUGAAGGGAGAUUCUGUUACUCUACAGACUCGCCUUACUGAAAUACAGAGGGAUGAUCUGAUAGUGUGGAUGUUUUUACCUGAUGACACUCAGAUAGCUCAAAUAUAUAAACUAAACAAUCUGUUCAGAACAUAUGAUGGUGAGGAUGGGAGAUUCAGAGACAGACUGAAGCUGAAUGAUCAGAACGGAGAUCUCACCAUCACUAACAGCAAAACUGAACACACUGGAGAUUAUGAAGUGAAGAUGAACAUCAGAAGACAAACUAUUCAGAGGAGAAUCAGUGUUCAUGUUAGUGGAGGUCUGUCUUCGGGUGGUAUAGCAGGAUUAUCUGUUUUCAUCCUCCUGCUUAUUGCUGCUCUUGCUGCUCUUCUGAUUUACUUUAAACAAAAGAUUGCUGAACUACAAAAACAACAGUAUAAAGAAAUUACAGUGAAGGAUGGACAUUGUGCUGUUAUACACACUGGUCUGAAAGUAAAGGCAGGUGAUGAGAUUGAGUGGGGAUUCCGACAGAAAGAUGCUGUGAUAAUGUGGCCAUGGAGACCUCUCAUAGCUAAACAUGAUAAAGAAGGCUCCAUCACUUAUAAUUGUCCUCAUAAGAGAUUCAGGGACAAACUGAAACUGCAACCUGAGACUGGAGAUCUCGUCAUCAGUAAUGUCAGUAAUGAACACUCUGGAGUUUAUCACCUAAAAAUCACCAGUGGUGGAGAGACCUCACACAGGAGGUUCAAAGUGUCUGUCAUAGAGAGAAUACUAGCGGAUAAGGAUGAAUCUGUCAAUCUGAAGACUGAAGUUACUGACAUAAAGAGAGAUGAUGGGAUAGAGUGGAGAUUUGGAGAAACUCUCAUAGCUAAAAUCAAUCCUGCAAACAAAAGCCCCAUUACAUAUGAUGAUGAUAAAGGUCUAUUCAGAGAUAAACUGAAGCUGAAUCAUCAGACUGGAGAUCUCACCAUCAAAGACAUCAGACAUGAACACACUGGAGAUUAUAUACUGAAGAUCAUCAGAGAUGGAAAAACCUCAGACAAGAGAUUCAGAGUGUUUGUAAGAGGUGGAAGAGAAAAACGGCUAGUGGAUGAGGGGAAAUCUGUCGAUCUGAAGACUGAAGUUACUGACAUACAGAAAGAUGAUGUGAUAGAAUGGAGAUUUGGAGAUGAAGAAACUGUUAUAGCUAAAAUCAAUCAUGCCAACAAUAUCUUCAUUACUUUUGAUGAUGAUUUAUUCAGAGAUAAACUGAAGCUGAAUGAUCAGACUGGAGAUCUCACCAUUAAUGACAUCAGACAGAAACACGGUGGAGUUUAUUUACUCAAGAUCAUCAGAGGUGGAAAAACAUCAUAUGCAAGAUUCAUUGUGUUUGUCUAUGGUGGAAAUGAAGAAAUACUGCAUAGGUCGGAGGGAGCAUCAGUCUCUCUGGAGACUAAAGUUACUGACAUAAAGAGAGAUGAUCUGAUAGAGUGGACAUUUGAAAAUGAAGAAACUCUCAUAGCUAAAAUCAAUCCUGUCAACAAUAUCUUCAGUACAUAUGAUGGUGAUGAUGAUCUAUUCAGAGAUAAACUGGAACUGAAUGAUCAGACUGGAAAUCUCAACAUCAAUGACAUCACAGUGGAACACUCUGGAGUUUAUAAACUGAAGAUCAUCAGAGAUGGAAAAACAUCAUACAAGAGAUUCAUUGUGUCUGUCAGAUGUAAAAUAGAAAAACUGAUCGUGUAUAAAGGAGAUUCUGUCCAUCUGGAGACUGAAGUUACUGACAUAAAGAAAGAUGUUCUGAUAGAGUGGAAGUUUAGAAAAACUCUUAUAGCUGAAAUCAAACCUGUCAACAAUAUCUUCAGUACAUAUAAUGGUGAUGAUGAUCUAUUCAGAGAUAUACUGGAGCUGAAUCAUCAGACUGGAAAUCUCAACAUCAAUAACACCAGAGAGGAACACACUGGAGAGUAUUUACUGAAGAUCACCAAAGAUAGAAAAACCUCAUGCAAGAAAUUUAAUGUGUUUGUAAGAGGUGAUAAAGAAGAACUACACGUAUGUGAGGGAAAAUCUGUUGAUCUGAAGACUGAAGUUACUGAUAUACAGACAGUUGAUAAAAUACAGUGGAUUACUGGAGAUGAAGAAACCUCUCCACCUUUUGCUGCAAUCAAUCCUGCCAAAAAUAUCUUCAGUACAUAUGAUGGUGUAGAAGGUCUAUUCAGUGAUGAAUUAAAGCUGAAUCGUCAGACUGGAGAUCUCAACAUCAAUGACUUCAGACAAAAACACGCUAGAGAUUAUACACUGAAGAUCACCAGAGAUGGAGAAACCUCAUACAAGAGAUUUCGUGUUCUUGUCAAAGUUUCUGUGGAUGAGGGGGAAUCCUGCAAUCUGAAGCCUAGUCUUACUGACAUACGGACAAUUCGUCUGAUAGAGUGGAGAUUUGGAGAAACUCUCAUAGCUAAAAUUAUUCCUUUCAACAAGUUCUUCAGGACAUAUGAUGGUGAUGGUAAUUUAUUCAAAGAUAAACUGAAGCUGAAUCAUCAGACUGGAGAUCUCAACAUCAAUGACAUCACACGGAAACAUGCUGGAGUUUAUACAAUGAGGAUCAUGAAAUUUGAUACCCCAUCAUACAGGAGAUUUAUUUUGUCUGUCAAAGCUUCCAGAGGAGAAGAUUUAGCUAGGAAGAGAGGAGAUCCAGUGAGGAAGAGAGGAGAAGGUUCAGUGGAGAAGAUAGAAAUCGAUUCAGUGGAGAUCGAGAUGCCAUUGUUGCCUAAUAGCACUUUCAGAGGAGAAGAUUCAGCUAGGAAGAGAGGAGAUCCAGUGAGGAAGAGAGGAGAAGAUUCAGUGGAGAAUAGAGGAGAAGAUUCAGUGGAGAAGAAAGGAGAAGAUCCAGUGGAGAAGAUAGAAAUCGAUUCAGUGGAGUUCGAGAUGCCAUUGUUGCAUAAAAGCACUUUCAAGAAAGGAGAAGGUUCAGUGGAGAUAGAGAUGCCUUUAUUGAAUAAUAGCAGUCAGUAGAAGUGAACUUCCUCCAGUGUAACAUCAUCAUCAUUACAAACACAUCAGCAUCACAUCACUUAUAACACCAACCUCAUAUCAAUGAAUCAGAGGAACCAAAAAAGUUAAUUUAAAGAUAAGUAUAUUAUAAAUAAAAUAAAAUGAAAGUUGAUGGAACAGCUCUGUUCUACAGAGAAACUCUGAUCUUUGUUAAAACAUAAAUAUCAAAGUGUUACUAGAUGCAAAAAUUGUGUACUGCAUGUAUUAUUUACUGUUUCAUACAACUAAUACAGUGUUAUAACAGCAAAAGGCCAAAUAUCUUGUGUAUAACAUAUGUACUACACACAAUAUGCUGUUAUACUCCAUAUAACUCAAUUUACAAGCCAGAAAUUAAGUUGUGUUUUUUGCACAGGCUUACUAAAGGGUAUUUAAAAACUAAACUAACAAUGCAUGAAAGCCAAUGUUUUUAAUAAUCUUUGACAUGCCCAAGACUGUGAAAAGGGUAAAAAAUCCAGUCAACAAUCACUUUUUAUAUUGAAGAUCAUUAAUUUUGUGUGUUUUCCCAAAUCAUUGAUGCCACUUAUCAACUUAGCAAUUAAAGAGUUAAAAUCAUGACAUUUUGGACAUUUGGUUGUUUUGAUCAGUACAAUACUUUUUUAAUUUAGUGGCCUUUUUUGGCCACUAACAACACAAAAGGGUAGUGAAUUUGUCUAUGGUAUAUAUUGUUGAGUUUCAAAGCAUUUCUUAAAGAGCCAGUAAGAUGCCAAUUUUAAGCUUCCUAUCACGGUUUAUAAGUCCCUGACAACAGGUUUAAAUGCAUGCAAGGUUAUUUUCUCAAAAUGUAAAUUUAAUAUUACCCCAUUUCUCAGAGAUCCCCAAACGAUUCGUGUGAAGCCGUUCAAGAAUUUAGUCUGCCUAAACCCCACCUUUCGGUAGCCUACUCUGCUCUGAUUGGUCAACUGACACAGUCUCCAACAGUAGCAACAUGUAUUGACCUAGUGCUAACAUCUCAGCCUCAGACGUCACGCCUACAUAAUGUUGGCUAAACAUCUGAUGUGUAUUGCACACUUAACUGGAAAUGGGAAUGUUAAGGCCGUCUUCUGAUUUGUUAAAAUAAACCGGAAUUCCUGGUGUUGCAAUUAUUCUCGAUCCCCAGGGAAACAAAGCUUUGAUGUUCCUACGAGGUAUCGAAUCAGUUGUGUUUACGCGGCUAAUAAUGAGCAUUUAUCAUGAUCACAGUUGUUCUAUGGUGGGUAAUGAUGUUUAUUUAGAUGCUAUUUGGAUGUAGCUGGUUAUUUCAGUGACUGACUUGUUGCCAAUCGGUUUGUUAUUGUGGGGAAAUUUCCACACUUCGAAACGUGACACAAGACGAAACAAACUGUAAUUGGUUGUCUGACAUGCCGGUCAAAUCGCCUCGUUAGCGGGCAUUGGCCAAAAAAAGCAGUGAAAAACACCAGACCUUCAGUAUUAAAGGUCUGGCUACGUCUUAGACUAGUGCUAACAUUACUUACUGAGAAGACAUUAGCGACAUCAAUGCACAUCAUUUAUCAUUAAUCUAAACAAUAAAAACGACGACAGACACUUUAUAUUUUUACACUUAUUUAAGCAAGUAUGUAAGCUAACUGGGCCACAGUUUAACAGCAACAUGCGUUGUUAGCGUGGCUUACUGACAAGACAUUACAGUAAACUAGACAUUUUAUAAUACUCAGGGGGAAAAUAAACAUAUAAUGUAAUAAUCAUACUUGCAGGUUGUGGUUAGGAGAUGUAUGUUGUUCCAAAUAAAAUGGGUACUGAACCAUCUUUCAUGGCUAAACAUCUCUCCCGACUCCUGAAACUCCAACCCCCUAAAAAUGUUAUCAUUAUGUCAUUUGUAUGACAUUUCUCAAAUGCAAUAAUAUUUAUCUCUGUUUACCACUGGUACUGUGCUUGAAUGUUCAUUUAAUUUGUCAAUUGUUCUGCGGGGUGCUGCAUGCAGUUGACCCGCCUGUUGACAUGCGUCUUAAUAUAUGGAUAUGGUUUUCUACCAAAGCUAUCCUUCUGGAGCAGAAAAGACCAAACGUUCCAUGAAAGUAAAAAGAUUAAUGCUUUAAAUACCUAUUUAUUCUUGACUGACCAUGCAAUGGAUUUAUUACACUCCAGUAAAAUCCCCAGCUUCAAUAUUACUCCAGUGUGAUUUGUUAGAAACUAAAUCAAAAUCUUUCAUACCCGUUUUAGUCAUUCAAGCUGUUGUGUGACUCCUGUCAGCAUUUAAAACAAUGCACAUUUCAUCUAAACUUAGCAGAUUUAGAGAAUUAUUUAUGUAUUUUUGAUUUGUUUACCACUGCAUAAACUAUAUUAAUCAUGCCUUUAGUUUUUAGCAAAUUGGAAAAUCUGUUUUGUUGUUUUAGUCUGACUGCUAUUUUGGUUUUAUUUUAUUCAUAAUUUUCAAAUGGUUUCCAUGUUUUACAAAAAUAUAUUUGCCAGUGGACCUUGUUUUUCUUAAUACCAAUGUAACAGAUAUAGGGAUUUUCAGAAAAUAUGUUUCAAUGCUAUAAUUACGGAGUAAUGUCAAUAUGGCAAAAAUAUACAGCUAUAAUGUACUAUAAAUUUUAAUUAAGAUGUUAUUUAUUGCAAUAAAUGUGUUUUUAUGAAUGCGCUGCAGGGCCCCCUCACAAAGUUGCUUAGGGCCCCCAGAAGUCUAGGAUGGGCCAUGGUCAACAUAUUUUUUUUAACAUGUUGGGCUAUGGUUGUUAACAUAUUUCAGGAAUGUAUUGAUGCUGAUCACCUGUGUACAUGAAGCAUGACUUUUGUCGAGUAGUAAAUAAUGAACAUCAAGUAUCAGUACAUUCAGCUCAUGUGUUUUAGUCUAAAGAGAGAAAGUGUUUGUGUUUGAAGAAUCUAGAAAUCAGACUUUGAUGAUUCAGUGUUACAUUGACUGAUAGAUUAGACAGCUUUAUUUUAUUAAUGAUGUUUUUCACCAAGUUUAUAUUAUUUUAGCUUUUUUAAGCUUUUAAAAAUGUUUAUAUUUUAAACUCUGUGCCUUGUUUUUUAUUAUUGCUGAUAACAAUAUCUGAAUAUAAGACGGUCACGUUUUACAUGUUAUUCAACAACAAUGAAAAGGUUACCAUGAACAAAUAGCUGGAGACAGCACCUGUACUGUAUAUUGUUUCUCUUGCAUUAUUUUGGUGAAAAAUAAAUGUAUUGUUUUGAACCCUGGUCAAAGUGAAUUGUAUUGCU